CGUAAUUCGCCUUCCGAGCGAAGCUGGAAGAGGAAGGAGAGUUAGUACAUGGCAGGAAUGUCGCUCCGGCGAAAUCGACCGCGGACGUUCGAGCGAGCGCAUUGGACAUGCUGACGGGAGCCGAGUCGAAACGGAUUUGGGCAAGUUUAUUCCCCGAUCCGCAGCAUUUGCUCGGUCGAGCAGUUGGCGAGCUGUGGGCGAUGCGCAUCCUCGAUCCGCCGAUGCUCGAGAUUGAAGGGUCCUCGACGUUCAUUGCUGCCAUUUAAGCUGAAGCUCGUGGUAAUGAGGCUACUGGCAGGCGUUAUUGUUGCUAGGAUUUGCGCAGUGGUUUGAAGAUGGCCUCUUCAACUGGGUGCCGAAAAUGUCUACUGGCAGCGCUCGUGAUAGCAUUACUGUCACCCAGUCUCCAAGAGGCUCAAGCCAUCAGAAGUAGUACAAAAUUCUCUCCUUCCCGAAAUGUGAGAAAUGCUAAGCGCAAGGGUUUACAGACAGAGCGACCUUACAACGUCGCCCACCGUGGAGCUAAUGGUGAAUUGCCUGAGGCAACUGCUCAAGCUUAUGUGAGGGCAAUUGAAAUUGGAGCAGAUUUUCUUGAAACUGACAUUCUCGCCACCAAAGACGGUGUUCUGAUUUGCAUGCACGAUAUGGUUUUUAACGAUACUUCCAACAUCAAGGAUCACCCUGAGUUCGCUGAUCGAGUAAGAACCUACGAUGUACAGGGAGCCAAUGUUACAGGGUGGUUUACAGUGGACUUUACAUUGGACGAGAUCAAGACUCUGAAAGCUCGCCAGAGAUUUGAUGAUCGUGACCAUUCAUAUGAUGAUCAAUUUGAUAUCAUUACUUUCGAGGAGUUCAUUGCGGUUGCUUUAAAUUCUCCACGAAUUGUAGGGAUCUAUCCAGAAAUCAAGAAUCCAGUUUUCAUCAAUGAACAUGUCAAGUGGGCUGGAGGGAAAAAGUUCGAGGAUAUUUUUGUGGAGAUUUUGCUCAAAUAUGACUACAGUGGGGCUUACUUGUCAAAGGGCUGGAUGAAGCAGCCUCUCUUCAUCCAGUCAUUCGCUCCCUCAAGUCUCGUAUAUGUCUCAAACUUGACGGACUCACCCUUAAUAUUUCUCAUCGACGACGUCAACAUGCCCACACAAGAUACCAACCAGACAUUUGCUGAAAUUACCUCAGAUUCCUACUUGGACUACAUCAGUCAAUACGUUGUGGGUAUCGGGCCUUGGAAAGACAAUAUAGUCCCUCCCGAUGCUAGAAAUUACUUGACUCUUCCAACAGAUCUUGUUGACAAGGCUCACGCACGAAAUUUGCAGGUUCAUCCCUAUACCUUUCGAAAUGAGAAUUCAUAUUUGCACUACGACUUCCACUUAGAUCCGUAUCAAGAGUACGAUUAUUGGAUUAACACAAUAGGUGUUGAUGGGUUGUUCACCGAUUUCGCGGGAAGCUUGCAUUUAUAUCAACAAUGGACGGCACCACUCAAAUCAAUAUAAAAUAGAUAGCUAUGUAUAGAUUAAAUACUAGUGGGCCUCAUGAUUAUGAGCAUUUUAUUCGAGAUAUCUCGAAUUAAGCGUGGAACGUCACUCUAGUCGCAUGGAUACCAUUCUUGAUCCUCUUUUAAGCUGUUGAGUUGAGUAGACUUGGCCAACACUAUCAGCAAGGCGUUGUACAUCACUUAUUGACAAGAAGUUUGCUGGUUGUACCGGUUCCUCCCAUAUUCUUUGUAUCCUUUGUUGCCUUACUUUGAUAGUGAAUUUUUUCAUGUCAGUAAAACGAAGAAACAUCAAGAACA